AUGGGCUCUUGUGGGGUGUAUUUUUCUCAACUCCGAGCUAUGCUCAGGAGGAAUUUACUGCUCAAGAAACGGGAAAAACGAAAGACUAUUGCCGAAGUAUUUUUACCAUUGUACAUCUUGGGUAAUCUAAUAGUACUGAAAGUGUUGAUACCAAAUCCAAAUUAUCCAGCAAUGCCUGCACAACGGCAAGACGGCAAUAUAUUUGAGUUUUUAAAUGGCUAUAAGAACAAUACCAUUGCCGUUGUUCCAAAUUCCACUGAAACUCUUAAUUUUCUGACUGCGAUGAACAACUUGUGGUUAUCAAUGUGGGAGUACCCGGGUAAGCUGCCGUUAAAUUUCAUGGUAUUUGAAACGACUGGCGAUUUGCAGGCGGCCUAUUGGCGUGAACCCCACAGCGUACCUCUGGCUGUUAUCUUUGAGGAUCCACAGCCGAUAACCCACAGUCUCUUAUAUGAAAUUAGAACAAAUCCGUCAUUUUACGCAACUCCGUCGCCAAAAGAAUUUUAUUCUUCAGCAGUGACCUGUCGUAAAGAUACAAGCCACUGGGUAGGUGGUUUACUGUCAAUAGAAACAGGAGGAUCAUGUCCAAUAAAUAAUUAUUUUCAUUCGGGUUUUAUGGCUCUUCAAAUGCUGAUGGACAUUACUAAAAUCAGAAUAGAUACCGGUAAUACAGAAAUUACAUUACCUGAUAUUAAAUUUAAAAUGUUUCCAAAGGAAGCAUAUACAGCCCAUUGGAUGUUAGCCUUCAGAGUUGUGAUACCAUUGUACAUGAUACUAGCCCUCUCUCAAUUUAUAACAUAUCUUCUUAUUUUAAUAGUCGGAGAAAAGGAGAAAAAAAUAAAAGAGGGAAUGAAGAUAAUGGGUCUAAAGGAUUCAAUAUUUUGGAUGUCAUGGUUUUUAAUAUAUGCAAUAUUUGUAUUAAUAUUAUCAGCUGUUGCUGUAAUAUUGAUAUUUACACUCCAAAUGUUUCAACAUACCCACUUUUUACCAAUAUUUUUACUAGUUGUACUCUACAGUUUUUCUGUUAUUAUGUUUUCAUUUAUGAUUACACCAUUUUUUGAUCAAUCACGAACAGCCGGAGUUUUGGGUAAUUUUGCAGUAACAAUGUUAAGUUUCAUGUACUUUAUUCAAGUAUUUGUUGAUGAUCCAACAUCAAUAUCAUUUUGGGUAGUAUCUUUAUUGAGUCCUGCGUGUGCUGCACUUGCAAUGGAUAAAGCAUUGGUAUUUGAUUUAAAAGGAGAGGGUGUUAAUUUUGAUAAUUUAUGGGCAGGACCUGGUAUACCAUUUGGAGGAAGUCUUAUUAUGAUUACUUUGGAUAUUGUUCUUUAUGGUUUACUUGCUUACUAUCUUGAUUCGGUUAUUCCCAGUGAAUAUGGAACUAAAAGACCGGCUUGGUUUUGCUUUACACCGGGAUUUUGGUGUAAAAAAAAAGUUCAACGGAUAGCAUCGUCUAACGGUGAAUCAAAUUCAUUUAUACCAGAAGAAGAAGCCAGCCGAGACGUCGAGCCAGUUGUCCGUGAGAUGAAAGGCCGUGAGGCAAUACGUAUUGUUGAUUUGUAUAAAUCUUAUCAAAAGUGCCGUAAACCAGAAAUUAAAGCCGUUAACGGUAUUAAUUUAACAAUAUAUGAAGGACAAAUUACAGCAAUACUUGGUCACAAUGGAGCUGGUAAAACAACUUUAUUUAAUAUUCUUACGGGUUUAACUGCUCCCACUGCCGGUACAGCAUUGAUAUUUGGAUAUGAUGUUAGAGAUUCAAAUGACAUGCAAAUUAUAAGAAGUAUGACUGGAGUUUGUCCUCAACAUGAUAUAUUAUUUGAUCUAUUAACUCCACGUGAACAUUUAGAAUUUUUUGCUGCUGUUCGUGGUAUUCCAAAUUCAAUGAUUGAACUUGAAGUUAAAAAAACACUUAAAGAUAUUGAUUUAACAGAAAAAGCCGAUACUUUUGCUAAAUAUUUAAGUGGAGGACAAAAAAGAAAAUUAUCUGUUGGAAUAGCUAUUAUAGGUGAUCCUAAAAUAAUUAUUUUGGAUGAACCAACAGCCGGUGUUGAUCCUUAUUCACGUCGACAAAUGUGGUCAUUUCUUCAAUCACGUCGUCACGGUAAAGUUAUUCUACUUACUACCCAUUUUAUGGAUGAAGCUGAUAUUUUAGCUGAUCGUAAAGCUGUUAUCAGUAAAGGUAAAUUACGUUGCUGUGGUAGCUCUCUAUUUUUAAAAAAUAAAUUUGGAAUUGGUUAUCAUUUAACCCUAGUAUUGGAAGGUAAUAAUCGUGUUAAUGCUAUAACACGUCUUGUAACUAGUCAUGUUGCUAAAGCUGAAAAAGCUCGUCGACAUGGCCGUGAAUUAAGUUUUAUACUUCCUCAUAAUUCUGUUGAAAAUUUUGCACCACUGUUUACGGCUAUUGAAAAUGAAAUAAAAACAAGAACUGGUAGAUUAGGUAUAAGCAGUUAUGGUGUAUCAAUGACUACUCUGGAGGAGGUAUUUUUGCAUCUUGAAAAAGACGAAGAGACCGAAUGUACGAUGGACAAUCUUUCUAAAAAGAUGGUGCGUAAUCGUGCACUCAGUCGAUCCCUGUCACUUCAAUCCAAGAGUACAUCUUACCAGAGUUUACAAAAUGAGGGAGCUACUGUGCAAGGUGAUGGUCAAGUUAAAAGUACAAAUGAAUUGCCUGAUGGUGUUGUUCAUCAUCAUUCACAUCAUCACCAUCAUCAUCAGUCCCAGCAGCAACACAAUACCGAUAAAACAAAUCAACCAGCAGCACUGGGUCUUGGUUUAGAUCCUGUUAAAAUACGGGCUAAUUUUUUUCAAACUCUCUAUGCAAUGUUGAGAUUACGGGUACUCAGAUUAACUCGAAAUCUUCAAUUACUUUAUUUUACAAUUGUUGCUCCAUUAGCACUAGUUGUAUUGGGAUUAUAUAUAAACAGUAUACAAAUAGUCAGUAUUAAAAUGGAUUCACUAGAAUUAAAUACAAGCACUUACAAACAAUUUACCAAAAUACUGUACACAAAUCAUACGGAUCGAGAUUUAUCACCACUGAUAAAUCAAAUGAGACAUGAUGUACCUUUUUUAGAUGAGUACGAUGGUAAUUUAACAGAUUUGUUGGCUAUUGCACCGCAUAUGGCUGUUGUCAAUAUCAAUGACUUUAACAGACGUCAAAUAAAUCUUACGCUUACUUACAAUGACACUAUGCAACAUUCAAUACCUAUUUUUAUGAAUAUUUUAUCCAAUUCAUACUACAGAUAUCUAUCUGGUAAAGACAAUCCAACGCCAAUAAAAAUCAAAACUCAUCCAUUCCAACAGACAUCUCAGCCUCAAGAGUUCAAUAUAGGUAUUGCAAGCUCAACUUUAUUCAUUGGAAUGAGUUUAGUUUUGGUACCAAUAACUCUGGUAGUCGAUAUGGUAUAUGACCGUGAGAUAAAAACAAAAAAUCAGCUAAGAGUUAAUGGCUUAUCGUUCUUUAUGUACUUUUUGAGCUACUUUAUUGUACUAAUAGCUCUGAUGAUAGUAAUUUGUCUGUGUAUACUUGGAAUAAUAUUUAUAUUUAAUGUACCAUCGCUUCAAGAAAUUCCAGCUCUGGUGACUCUCGGUAGUCUGAUAUUUCUUUACUGUCCAUCAUCUAUAUUAUUUUCUACCUGUUUGAGUUAUAUAUUUGAUAAAAUGGACUCGGCUCAAAGUUUUCUACCAAAUAUUGUUACAUUUUUUGGAUUAAUUCCAUUUAUUUUAGUAAUGGUAUUGGAUAUGUUGGACGUUGGUGGAACAGCAGCAUUUGCACUUCAUGUUGUAUUUUCUCUAUUAAAUGCAACAUAUUUACCUUAUGCAUCAGUAUAUUAUUUGGAUCGUGUACACUUGAUGUGCUCAAUAAAUGCAGCCUGUCAUCAUUUAACAAUGUUUGAUUAUUUAACUACUGAAAUAAUAGUAAUGGCUGUAGGGGCUCUUUUACAUAUUCCUGUUUGGUUUUUUGUAUUAAUGGUUCUUGAUAUUAAAAAAACGGGUGGUAAAAUGAGCGAUGUAUUUAAAUAUUUUGGACGUAAUGGAGGAGCUAUUGGUGAAGAAAUAAUGGAAAAUACAGAUGUUGGUGAUCAUGAAGAUACUGAUGUUAAAAAUGAACGACAGAGGAUAUUUAAUGUUGUUAAUUCAUCGUCAGUUCAAGAACCACCUGUGGUAUUGGUUCAAAAUUUACGUAAAGAAUACCGUCAACGUGAAGCAACAUCCUGUGGUUGUUGUAAUAAACGUGAAGAGGAAGUACCAAAGCCACCUAAAAAAAUAUCUAUACGUAAUUUGUCAUUUGGAGUUGAGCCGGGUGAAGUAUUUGGACUUUUAGGUCACAAUGGAGCUGGAAAAACUACAACUAUGAAAAUAAUAACUGCUGAAGAGGCUGCUACACGUGGCCGAGUUCAAAUAGCCGGUUUUAAUAUUAAUUCACAAUUGACAGAUGCUUUUCGACAAAUGGGAUACUGCCCUCAACAUGACGCUCAGUGGAAAAAUAUUACUGUCAGAGAGCAUUUAGAGUGUUAUGCAGCUAUGCGCGGUGUACCAUGGAGUGAUAUUGAUAGAAUUGUUGAUUUAUAUCUAUCUGGACUUCAAAUUCACGAUCAUGCGGAUAAACAAACACAAGAAUGUUCAGGUGGUACCAGAAGAAAGUUAAGCUACGCUAUGGCAAUGGUUGGAGCUCCAAAGGUAGUACUUAUGGAUGAACCUAGUACGGGAAUGGAUCCAAGGUCCAAAAGAUUUUUAUGGGAUACUAUUUUAGCUAGUUUUCAGGGUGGUAGAGGUGCUAUAUUAACCACCCACUCGAUGGAAGAAGCCGAUGCACUUUGUUCCCGGGUUGGUAUUAUGGUUAAAGGUGAACUUAGGUGUAUAGGCUCAACUCAACACUUGAAAAAUUUAUACGGUGCGGGUUAUACCUUAGAAAUGAAAUUACUUGGCGGUGAUUGUACACCAACGACGCCCUCGGGUGAUCGUAUCAGCGCGCUUAAAGAAUUUGUCGCCGGUCUAUUUCCUGAUGCAACUCUUGAAGAGAGUUUCGCCGACAGACUGGUUUUUGCAGUGCCUCAGCACGCUGUUCAAUCACUUGCUGAUUGUUUUAUGCAAUUAGAAAAAGCCAAGUUAGAAUUGGACAUUGAGGAGUACAGUUUUAGUCAAACAACUUUAGAACAAGUAUUUUUAAAAUUUUCACACUACGAUGAAAUGAAUAGCACAGAAUGACCAGUCCGAAAAUUAAGUUAAAUUAUUGUUAUCAGUAAUAUUAAUUAAAACAACACUAAUAGAGUUAAAUCCAUUCCAGUUAAAAGAAAUUCAGUCCACGGGUAAGUUUUAAACGUUAAACAAAAAAAGUUGUAGGUCCAAAACUUUCGAGUAAAGUUUCUGAUUAUGAUAAUUAGCAAAAGAAUCGUGAGAGCUAUAACAUACAGUGAGAUUAUGAGAGUAAGGGACCAUGAAGGAAGUGUGUUCUACCCAUUAAUUAAGUAUUUAAUAAAUCCGUUUAAUUUUUAGAUUUACAAA